AUGUUCUGCGAUGAAGAGAAGCGCAAAGAGCUGCUUAAGGCAAUUUGUGAGGUCGUGAAGAAAACGCUGGAGGACCCCACGCGUCCUCUCUCAGCUGAUUUGAGCGAAGCGGAGCCCGUGCCUCAGGCAAAGGAGGAAGUUAUGGAGGAAGAAGAAGAAGAGGAGGAGGAGGGUGAAGAAGAAGAAGAGCAGGGUGAAGAAGAAGAGAAGGUAGAAGAGCAGGAAGAGGGUGAAGAGAACGAGGAAGAAGGAGAAGAAGAGAACGAGGAAGAAGAAGAAGAAGGAGAGAACGAGGAAGAGGCAGAGGCAGAGGCGGAGGAAAAUCCGAUGGAAGAAGAAGAGGCAGAGCCGGAGCCGGAGAUGACGUACGGCGAAGUGUGGAAGAGCCAGGCCUGGACAGUCUUCUGGAAGCGUUUGAUUGCCGCUCUUGACAACUCGGAGAGCAGCGAUUUGCUCGAAAAGGAAAUCAUUACCCCCUUGAAGAGUUCCUUCUUGCCGCUCCUCGAGAGAUACCCGGAGUCUCUCUUCCUCGCUCGCAAGCUUCUGAAGACGAAGAAUGCUUCGCAGCAGAUGAAGCAAGUGCUGAAGCCGAACCAGUCAGCUCUCUCUAAACUGUUUGCCUCGGGAGAUUACAAGGGCUAUGACGAUGUGAUGCAGAUGUUGAAAGCAAAGUAA